AUGAACAGCAACAUAGCCCAGCCAACCACGCCUGCCACCGCAGAACCAGAGAUGAGCGCCGGAGCAAAGAUGGUUGUGAAUCUGCUCUGGACCAUUUGCUAUCCAAUCACCUUGGUACUCUGGUACAUUUGCCUCGCCAUGCUGUUCGUCCUCAAGACGCUCUACCUCCCAAUUCCAUUUCUCCUGCAACCGCUCGUGCACUUGGCUCGCUUCACGCUGGCGGUUGCCGCGCUACCAUUUCAGGUCGCGGCUCGCUUCGAGACCCUCUACAUUUACCUAGGCGUGGCGGCUAUUAUCGGGCUCCUGGGAGGUCUCCUUGUCGCCGCCAUCUACAGCUUUCUGUACAACCUCUUUGAAUUCGAAACACCCCCCGAACCAGCGAGGCUCAGAACUGCCAAGGAAUAUCGCCACGACAAGCAGAAGAAGCAGAAGAUGGAGUUCGAACAGCCCUCAAGACUUUCACCUCGUCUUCUAUCGCCUGCUUCGUUGCCUUCGGGCUAUGGCAGCUUGUCUGAUGGCGCGAGAAAUGGAAAUGGAAUGAGUCUUUUUGCGACUGCUAUUAUGGAGGAGGAAGAUUCUGACUUUUAG